UGACGCGGCUGCCUGUGCGCUGGGUUUGGUCGGGGAUGGACGACAGCUCCCAGGCCACCACCAAGAAGCCAAGGCUAAAGACGUCCACGCUGCUGUCGGGCACCAGCUGCCAUGCUCCUAGGCCUCUGGGUAAAAACUAUCAGUUCUCCACAACAAAAGAGCAGGUUCCAAAAUCGAGCAGUCACAUAAUAGCAGUGUGUCCUAGAACCCACAAGAGCUUUGGUGUAAAACCGGAAUCACCCUAAAUUCCAGAGGGUGAAUUACUAGCUUGUCUUCCUAAAGUUAGACCGGAACACGUCUGAGGCAGCUUCCUUGCCGUGUGUGGGAGGUCUGUGCUGGAGUGACGAGGAGUCUGGCGCAGCGCUUCUGGCCACAAGGAAAGCCGUGCUCUCAGCGGGGCACAGGGCAUGUCUUCUGGAUGGGACGGCCCACCUGGAAUCGGUCCUCCUGCUUGACGUGUGCUGACUUAAUGUUGAUAAUUUUUGAAAGGAAGGAAGGAAGAAAUAAAGAAAAAGCAAAAGAAAAUGGAAGCUCACUCUAAAAUUUUUAGUAUGCUAAAGGAAUGGGUCAUAAGAGAAAAUUAAAGCAAGACUUAGAGAAAACCCUCAGGCCUGCUGCGCCCAGGCCCCACGGUGUCCUUCAGGCUGUUCCUGCCAGUCUGUGAACACUGCCACUGAACUACACCGGGCCUGCCCUCUAGUCACCAACACCACUUCUGCCAUGACACGGACUUUCAGAUAGUAGGAAAGCUGUACCUCACAUUAACUCCCAAGUCCCAAAAAGACUGUUACGGUUCAGAUACGAGGAGUCCAACAGCACGUGUGUGAGACAAUGCAAGGAAGUUCACAGGUCUUCUGGUCACAGCAGGGAGAAGCUGACCAGAACAGUGACGCAUAGACCUGUGGGAGGAGACCUGCCCUCGACAUCCCACCUGGAGUCUGGAGAGGCCUCCUGUCCCUGGGGGCUCAGGUACCCACCACCUCUCUGCUGCCAUCAGUGGUGGAACGAAGACCCUUCUCACCUGAUUGGCUGGCGCUGGAAGUGUUUCCACCCGCAGCUCACACACAGGACCAGGCAGGGGACAAAACCCGCACAGAGGACCAGGCAGGGGACAAUGCCCACACACAGGACCAGGCAGGGGACAACGCCCACACACAGGACCAGGCAGGGGACAACGCCCACACACAGGACCAGGCAGGGGACAAAACCCGCACAGAGGACCAGGCAGGGGACAACGCCCGCACACAGGACCAGGCAGGGGACAACGCCCACACACAGGACCAGGCAGGGGACAACGCCCGCACACAGGACCAGGCAGGGGACAAUGCCCGCACACAGGACCAGGCAGGGGACAACACCCACACACAGGACCAGGCAGGGGACAAUGCCCACACACAGGACCAGGCAGGGGACAACACCCACACACAGGACCAGGCAGGGGACAAAACCCGCACACAGGACCAGGCAGGGGACAAAACCCGCACACAGGACCAGGCAGGGGACAACGCCCACACACAGGACCAGGCAGGGGACAACGCCCACACACAGGACCAGGCAGGGGACAAAACCCGCACAGAGGACCAGGCAGGGGACAACGCCCGCACACAGGACCAGGCAGGGGACAAAACCCGCACAGAGGACCAGGCAGGGGACAACGCCCGCACACAGGACCAGGCAGGGGACAAAACCCGCACAGAGGACCAGGCAGGGGACAACGCCCACACACAGGACCAGGCAGGGGACAAAACCCGCACACAGGACCAGGCAGGGGACAACGCCCGCACACAGGACCAGGCAGGGGACAACGCCCGCACACAGGACCAGGCAGGGGACAACACCCCCACACAGGACCAGGCAGGGGACAAUGCCCACACACAGGACCAGGCAGGGGACAACACCCACACACAGGACCAGGCAGGGGACAAAACCCGCACACAGGACCAGGCAGGGGACAACGCCCACACACAGGACCAGGCAGGGGACAACGCCCGCACACAGGACCAGGCAGGGGACAACACCCGCACACAGUUCCAGAACUACGACUGGGAAACAAGACCCCCUGCCGCUGAGGCCAGACGGCAGGGCUCACAGUGGCGGAGCCGUGUGGUUCACUGAGACAAACUGGGUUUCACUAGAUCAGAACCCCAGCCACGAGGGGCCUCUGGGUAGCCAGAGUCCAUCAAGAAAGGCCAGAGUCACCCAGGACACAGCUGGAGCCUACGCUGCACAGAGGGCUGCAGCCACGCCCCCAUGGACGCCUCUCCACACAAACACCAGCCAGGACCAGCGCCAAGAGCCACGAGGUGGACACCAGAGCGGUUUCCAUACACGAUUCCCAUGGGGGGUGAUCAGAAGUCUGGUCACUAUACUGACUUAAAGAUGGCCUUGACAGAAGCUCCUACUCCUAAAGAUGUGCAUGGCCACUCUCAAUGGUCAGA